UUUUUUUUUUUUCUUUCUCCCACACGCACAAGAAGAAAAAGGAAAACAGAAAUCCCAACCCCCUCCUCCUCCUCCAGUCCAGUCCAGUCACCUGAUCUCCGCAGCAAUCGUUGCCGGUGACAGGGUUUAGAGCUUGUACGGUUCAAGCGCGCCGGCCAGUCUGGUGGCGUGGUGGUAGGUGAGCUGUGGAGUCGUGGGUCAAGUUACGUGCCGUGAGCCGUCCCACUCCCAUGUCGGCGGCGGCGCGGUGGGCGGCGGCGCUGCUGACGCUGGGCGUCGCAUGUUUGGCUGCGGGGCCCUGGGCGUGCGCCGCGCAGCCGGUGGUGCUGUCCAGCUACGGGCAGAGCAGGCUCUCGCUCAAGCCCUACGACUGGACCUACCUGCGCGUUGACCUGCCGGCGUCAUUUUCUUCUGUCACCAUGGAUUUUGCAACUGACAGAGAUAUUCCCAGAGAGCACUUAAGAGAUCUUCCGAGAAGCGAUCUUGCUAUCAUCUGUUUAAUGAUUGCCAACCCUCCUAUUCCUGAUAUAUCUGGUUAUUAUUUAGACAAUUUAUUAUCAGACUUUCUUGCUGUUGGAUCUUUUGGCAAUAUGAAUAACCAAUCAAAUCUGGCGCAGUGCAUACCAUUUCAGAAAAACACAACAAUAGUGUUAACAAACGACCAGAUAUUACCAGGUGUUUGGUACAUUGGUUACUUCAAUGGCCUUGGGUCUGCUCGCACACAAUCAAAGAUGAUUAGCCGAGGGAGAGCACGUUCAGUGAGCACUAGCAUUACGGUAGAAGGAUGCCCCAGUUCAGCAUUAUGGGGACCCUACUGCAACCAAACAAUUGAAAUGAUUGGAUGUUCUCAGCUGUCAAGAUAUAAUAACUCAAGAAAUCUCUUAGUUCAGACUAUCGACACGAAGAGAAGAUUGAAUACUAGAGAAAAUAAUAGACAUACCAGCUUCCUAUUAAGGUCGAACCUUCCAAUAGGACAUGCACUUGACUCCAAUAGUACUAGCUUACUGAAAGUGGAGAAUUUGAUCACAUGUUCCAUUUCAAAUGACUCUUUAUGCCUCAGGCAAGGCGAUAUGAAGUUUUAUUUCUUGGAUAUAGACAACUUAGCGGUGCAAUUUAGAAUUGCAGCUGCAAAUUUUGGAUUAGUCCAAAGGGCAUCCUUGGUUUGUUACUUGCGCUACAACGCCUUCCCUCAGAGAGUUUUGCAUGAUUACUCAGGCGAUAUUAGCAGUGGUCCCUUGGUUAUAAAGCUGCCAAAUAUUGGACGAUGGUAUAUCGCAAUUGAGAUUCUGAACAAAACAGAGAUCAACAAUACAACAUCACCUAUGCCGGAUACAACUUGUUUCUCAUUUGAUUGGCAAGUAACCGGAUGUCUGGAUGGAAAAGCUGGAAUUAACUGCUCAUGGGAAGCAUAUGUGCUCCAGAGAGUUCCUAAAAGAAAUCCUUCUGUCCCUUUCGAGUCAUAUUAUGUUCCUACUGAUGGGAGGGCAAUGCUGGAAGAUAGCCACUUCUUGCUCGAACAGUUUUUAAGCAACUCAUCCUAUGAGCAAUUUGCAUGGACUUAUUUCCUUUUGGAUGUUCCCCAAGGUUCAGCGGGUGCACUUAUUCAUGUCCAGCUAAAGUCAGAUAAAGAAUUAAAUUACGAGCUGUACUCACGAUAUGGUGGUUUACCAUCAAAUGAUAGUUGGGAUUACUUUGCAAGCAGGACAAGCAGCAGUAAUGGUUCAAUAUUCUUUUCCUUACAGAAUUCCACAAAUUCAGACAUGGAUCUAUCUAUUUUCUAUGCCAAGGAGGGAACUUGGUGCUUUGGAAUUAAGCAUCCAAAUAAUACUUCAAAUUCUCAGACAUAUAUAUCUGUAUCUCUUCAGGGAUGCCAUAGAAACUGUAAUCAGAAAGGUGUUUGUCAUUCUUCAGUUGAUGAAAGUGGGUUAACGUUCUACAGCUUCUGCACUUGCGACCGUGAUCAUGGUGGUUUUGAUUGCAGCGAUGAAUUAGUUUCGCCUAAUGGGCACAUCAGGCAGUCUGUCUUUCUAAUCGCAUCAAAUGCUGCAGCAAUUUUACCUGCGUUCUGGGCUCUCCGGCAAAAGUGCUUUGCACAAGCAGGGCUAUAUCCAGUUGAACAUAAAAUUGUUGGAGACCUGUUAAAGGACAUACCCAGUGCUAAGAGCUCCCACACUGUGCGGGGUCUGGGGAAGGUGUUAGUGGCAAGCCUUACCCUCACGAAGUGCAAUGCGUUCGCCGAAUGGAUUCUUUACACUUCUAGUGGAAUUUCUAGUGCUUUGUACCAUUCAUGUGAUGUGGGCACCUGGUGCAUACUUUCUUUUCAUGUAUUACAGUUUUUGGACUUCUGGCUUUCAUUCAUGGCUGUUAUUGGUACAUUUAUAUAUAUGGCUACAAUUAAAGAAGCUUCAAAACGAGCAAUGCAUACUGCUGUUUUUAUUCUUACAGCUAUCUUAGCUGCAACUGGUGCCACCAGAUCUGCCAAUAUCGGUAUCGUCGUUGCUAUUGGUUCACUUGGCCUGCUUAUUGGAUGGAUAUUGGAAUUCUCUACAGCACAAAGAUUUACAUGCUGCUCAUGGCGAAUUAACCUCAGUGUGCCUCAAAGAUGGCCAAACCUCAUGCCUUUGUUUUGGAAUACUCUGGAGAUGUUAAACAAACGGUUCCAUUGGCUGUAUUUACUUGUUGGUUUCAUCACAUUAUCUUUCGCAGCUGUAAGCUGGAAGCUAGAAUCAAAUAGUAGCUACUGGAUUUGGCACAGUAUGUGGCACAUAACUAUCUAUACGUCUUCGUUCUUCUUCUUAUGUUCAAUGCGUGUCAAUAUGAUGGUUCAUAGUCCGGAGACAAACUAUGAGUUGACGAGGCAAGAUUCCUUGCCAAGAACAGAGUCAAGAGAAACCUAAUGAUAUCUUACUUCUGGUAGCAACUGGAAAUCCAUGGACGAAAGGUAUUAUCUUACUACAGUGAAGAGCUUGAUGCCAGACCCUUUCUGGCAGCCCGCACGUCUGAGCCUCACUACUGUAAACGUGUUCAUAUAUAUGGGCUUCCUUGCAAAAUUGCAAUAAUCGGGGGAUAUUGAAACGACAAGUAAUGUUCGUUGUUAACUUCGUCACAUGAGAAUUGUAGAUAGUGUGGUGCAACCUAGCAACUUUAGAUGAAUUCCCCUUUUUCUGGGGGAAUGGUAGUGAAAUGCCACUAGAGAUAUCGUGUAAUUAUAUUAGGCAAGUGUUACAGAUUUGAUUAUUUUUCACACUGCACAAAAGUGCAUUCUAUAGACAGGAAGAUAUAAUGUAUACCAAAAUACAUUGUAAAAAAUUGAUGAGUUCUGUGUACCAGAAUAAUGAUGGCACUGUCAUGGUGAAA